CCCGAAAUUACGCUUCAAUGCCAUCCCCCAAAUCCCUCAUCUCUCGGCCCAAAAACCGACACAGCUUCUUCAUCAUCAUCUCCAAAUUUCUUCUUCCCAUCUCUCUCCUUCAGAGCCCAACACUCUCUCUCUCGAAUCGAAAAUGGAGCCAUGGGCUGACGACCUCGCCGACGAUUUGCAGAGCGUGAGUUUCACGUCUACCGGCACCACCGUCAACCGGAGUACCAGCUCCGGCUCUCGUUCCUCCUCCUCCGCCGCCGGAAUCACGCCGGCCACUUCAGCUCACAGCUCAUUCUCCUCCUCGAAACUCCCUCUCUCUCUCCGGUCGUCUCUCUCGCUCUCUGAUCUCCGGUUCUGCCUCCGCCUCGGCUCCGGCGACAUCGGCUCCGUCUUCCUGGCCGAGCUCAAAUCCUCCUCCGUCUCGGGAGAUUAUCCAAUCUUUGCCGCGAAAGUGAUGGACAAGAAGGAGGUCGCGAGUCGAAGCAAGGAAGGUAGGGCGAAGACGGAGAGAGAGAUCCUCGAAUCGCUCGACCAUCCGUUUCUCCCUACGCUCUACGCCGCUAUAGAUUCUCCAAAAUGGCUGUGCCUGUUAACGGAGUUUUGUCCCGGUGGCGACCUCCACGUUCUCCGUCAGAAACAGUCUCACAAACGUUUCCACGAAUCGGCCGUCAGGUUCUACGCAUCGGAAGUGAUCGUGGCCCUCGAGUACCUUCACAUGAUGGGAAUUGUAUACCGUGACCUGAAACCCGAAAACGUUCUGGUCAGAUCAGACGGGCAUAUCAUGCUUACCGACUUUGAUCUCUCCUUAAAAUGCGAUGAUUCCGCUUCAACGCCUCAGAUAGUGUUGAACCGGAAUCAGCCUCCCAACGAUUCGUCUCAGCAGAGUAGUGAUCACAGGAUCAUGGAUCAUACCACUUCCUCCUCCUCCUCCUGCAUAAUUCCCAACUGCAUUGUCCCUGCCGUUUCGUGUUUUCACCCGAAAAUGCGGAGACGGAAAAAGAAAAUGGGUCAUCGUAACGGUCCCGAGCUUGUGGCUGAACCGUUGGAUGUCAGGUCCAUGUCUUUCGUCGGCACGCAUGAGUACUUGGCCCCUGAGAUCGUUUCAGGGGAAGGGCAUGGGAGUGCAGUGGACUGGUGGACAUUAGGGAUAUUCAUGUUCGAACUCUUCUACGGGGUGACGCCGUUCAAGGGCGUGGACCACGAGUUAACCUUAGCGAACAUAGUGGCUCGAGCCCUCGAGUUCCCCAAGGACCCGGCGGUUCCAGCCGUGGCCAAGGACCUGAUCUCUCAGCUCCUGGCCAAGGACCCGAUCAAGCGGUUGGGGUCGAGCAUGGGAGCCUCGGCCAUAAGACGUCACCCUUUCUUUCAAGGAGUGAACUGGGCUUUGCUCCGAUGUACUCAGCCCCCUUAUGUUCCUCCUCCCUUUACCAAAGAGGUUGUUGUUUCCCAUGACUCCACUCUCACUGUCGAGUAUUAUUAGCCGAUAGUCGAAUAUAUAUUAUAUUUAUAUAUUUUUAUAAUUUAAA